AUGGUCACGGUGGAGCCGUCGUCGACGGAAGAGGACAGCGGCGGUGAAACCGUGACCCCCGUGGUCUCGUCGGACGAGGACAACGACAGGCGGGCGGCAAAGGCAAGGAGGAGUUACCGGCAGCUCAGGCGGGCCGUGGCGGGUGGCGACUUCAUCCGGUGCGGAACGGAGGCUCCGUCGGGGAACCCCGCGGAAGUGGCAGCCAUCAUGGCCAGGCGCCAAUGGACAUUGCGGAAGUUGCAGGAGCAGCAGAGGGAAAGGGUGGCGGCGUGGGAGGCGUGGCAAUUGCGACUCCAGCAAGCGGAGGCCGAGUUGUGGAUGCCGUCUCCAACGUCGUCGUCGUCAUCAUCAUCGUCGUCGUCAUCGUCGUCAUCGCCGCCGCCGAAACUGCCGUCCCCGCCGCCGCCACCGAAGGGGUCACCGCCGAGAGAAGCACGGCCACCGUCUCCGUCGAGGGAGGCCCCGCCGAGGGCAUCACCAUUGCCGUUGUCGUCGCCGCCGCCUCCUCCGCCGACGUGGGUGAAGUUGCCACUACUGCCGCGAGGGCCGCCGCCACCGGGGUCGCCAGCGGCAAGGAGCACGCCGCCGCUGCCGCAAGGGCCGCCGCCGUCGUCGCCGCAACCGCCGCUGCCGCAAGGGCCGCCGCCACGACCGCCGAAGCUGCUCCUUCAGGUGUCAUGUCCUGAGGCCCAGGCACCAAGGAGACCCACCUUGCGGAGGACGGUGUCGGUGGAGGCCGCCGGGCAGGAGAUAGCCAUCGCGGAAUGCCCAGAUGCGGUGAGGGCCGAGGCGGAGAGGCAGGCUCAGCGAGGGAGGACCCAUCGGUGGGCGAAGUUAAUGUGGUCGGAAGGGGCCCGCUACCGCAUCAAGAUGGCGGGCGGGCGGGCCAGGGUCUUCAAGACGAAAUAA